AUGCUCUUUACCAAGUCCGCCAUCCUGGCCUGCCUCGCAGCUACGGCCAGCGCCGUCGAAUUGCGUUUCUACGUUGAUGGCAGGCAGGGCUGCCAAGGUUCCUACACGUUUUGCCCUAACCUUCCAACCGGCCAAUGUUGCACCACCCCCAAUGUGCAAGACGUCAACACGGCGCUUGGCUGGUAUCGACUACGGCCUAGCACGGGGAUUCGGGGUGUGGGCUACUUCCAGGAGCGCUGCGGGGGCGACGAAGCUGGGUCUGGCACUAGCAACGGCCAGUCUAGCAUGUGCUAUCCCACUCCCCAGUAUAGGUCAGGCAAGUUCAGCACGCUCAGCGGCGCCCGCGAGACCACCGAGGACGCUGUCCACGAGGAGCAAGGUAUCGAGGGUUCUUGCCGGAAGCCAGGCGGCAUUGUAUAUGAAGACGGCACUGAGUUUGACCUCACUGGGCUGAGCGACGAGCAAAACGAUGAAAUGUAA